UCUGUGCCGCGAGCUCCGCCACAACAGAUGGACCUCUCGCGCCACCAGCUUCUGGAUGCACGCGCCUCAGCGAUUGUUACCGACGAGUUGACUGAGGAGUUAUCCGUUUGCGGACAGGUGAGCCCCCGUAACGGGAGGAAGAGGAGAGACGGCGAAGGCGGUGGAAGAGAAGAACCGUAGAGCCUGCGUCCCCGGGUUUGCUCCCUCCGUCCGGUGACUCAACUAUCACACACCGUCUACACCACGCUCCUCUCAUGCAGACUUAGAAUGGAUAACUCACAUUACGGGGUUCAGAUCGGAGAGAACAAGUUCAUCAGCAAGGUAACAGUCCUCUCACAUCUAAAGACAUACAACCUCUACUAUGAAGGACAGAAUCUGCAGCUCCGACACAGAGAGGAAGAGGGGGAGCUGAUCGUCGAGGGUUUGUUGAAUAUCUUCUGGGGCCUGCGACGACCAAUCAGGCUUCAGAUGCAGGACGACCACGAGCGUAUCCGACCGCCCCCCUCCUCUACGUCCUGGCACUCGGGUUGCAAUCUAGACAGUCAAGGCUCUCCCAACAACACAGACGGGCAGCAGGCGACAGAGCAGAGCCCGCCCACAGUGGAGGUGACGCCGCCUGAAGACCAACCAGAGGACAACGGCGUGAUGGAGGAACAUACAGACGACGACAGUGAGAGCUCUGCUCAGCUCCUCAGGACGAAGAGUGAUGCCGGGGUGCUAAGACGUGGGCAGCGACGGUCGCCGAGUGACCAGAGGAAAAUUAGACGCCAUCGCUUCUCCAUCAACGGACACUUCUACAACCAUAAGACAGCAGUGUUCACUCCUGCUUUUGGAUCGGUGACGAAUGUGCGGAUAAACAGCUGCAUGACCACGCCCCAGGUUCUCCGAGUUCUUCUCAACAAGUUUAAAAUUGAAAACAGCCCAGAUGAUUUUGCUAUAUACCUGGUCCAUGCCAGUGGAGAGCGCGUCAAACUGAAGAGGAGUGACUAUCCUCUGGUGCUGAGGGUGAUGCAGGGUCCGUGUGAGCAGGUGUGCAAGGUUUUCCUCACAGAAGAAGACCUUGGAGAAGAAGUCACCUAUGAUGUGGCACAGUAUAUCAAGUUUGAAAUGCCUGUCCUAAAAAGUUUCAUCACCAAACUGAAGGAGGAGGAGGACAGAGAGGUGCAGAAACUCAGGAGAAGGUAUACCUACCUUCGGUGUAUAAUUGAGAAGCAGCUCAGUUGUCUUCCAGAGGGGGCGACAUGUAUGUGAUCUUCACAUCAAACUGUGAAAAAUCUAUCCCACAUCACCACAUCCUGCACCCGGACUGACUAUGAACAGCUGACAAGAACUCAAUGUAUGUGUUUCAAUGUAUCCUGCUCCGCUGAGCUCAUGCGUCUGCAUGGGUUUCUGUUUUUUAAACCUUCCAAUCAUUCAACAAAACGUACUAAACUUUUAACGUGCUAAAACGUGUGCAUGUUUCAUGUGCCCCUCUCAGCAAUAGUCCCGAGUUAUGACAGCUCAUACAGUUUUUUAAAAAAGUCUUCAGACCAAAUGACUUUUUUAUUCUUCAUGUGUCACUCACAGUUCACGCAGAAAAACAUUCCUCUCCUCCUGAGUCAUUUUUAACAGUGCAGUACUUUACUAAAUUAGUUUAAAAUAAGCAGUCCUGUUUGGUCUCUACCCUAAAGUUUGCAAGCUCAUGUUCAAAAUAAAGUUAAAGCACAAAUUCAAACAAUAUGCGGGUCAUUGUAAAGUGCCUGUUUUAAAGGUUUCUCAAAGCACAAAGACACACGGUGAAAUUCUGUGUUUUACAAAAAAAAAAAAAAUUCUGGAGCUCGAGUGAAUCCACAACCAACCUUAAUGUGAAACAGUCGAGGUCUGAGCAGCGGAAACAAUACAGGUCCCACAUGAAACUGUGUGCCUUCAUGUUCUGUUGAAGCAUUUGAUUAUACUUCAAUGUACGAAAUUGAAUUGACUCUCUCAAAUGUAUCGUGGCGUAGAAGCUCUCAGCAGAGAUUAAUGAAGAUUGUGUGAACAGAAAACCCGUUGAAGUUGUUACCAUAAAAGGUUUUUCUGCAGUCAUUAAGUAUGGAUUUUAAGAAAUGGUUGGAUAUUUUGUGAAAAGGCUUUUGAUAUUUCCUGCCAUGAAUUAGUUGUUUGUUUUUGUUUUGUAAUACCACCAGCAGCUGGUUAGCUUAGCAUAGCACAAAAAGUGGAAACAAGGCAAGGGGACACAACUUACCUGGCUCUGUCUGAAGGUAACUCAACAGAACCUCUACCACUUAUUAUCUAACCGGUUUGAUCCCUUUUCUUUUGAUAUGUUCAAAAUGAGUAUAGGCAUGAUGAGUUCAGGUUUAAAGGGGUUUAUGUGUCAGGCUUUUACUUUUUUUUGCCCGUAUCAUGACAUCUGUUUAAGAAGUGGACGUAUGACACUGAGGGCGCACUCACACUAGGAAGUGUUGAGCACGGAUCAGAGCACUCCAGUCAAACCAACUGGACUUUAGGGGUGAGGCGUGCUGAGGUACAGAUUGCCUGGUGUGAGUGCAUCCUGAAGCUACUUAAUUUAAAGUCCCACCAAUGUUCUCGCCAAACUCUGAGCAAAAUGUAAGAAGCUCAUUCUCUUAAAUGUCAACCUGUUUAUUUUUAUAAGACAAAGUAAUCCGUCCUGGAUUUAACAAUUGAUGUUUUUUCCCCCUGUUUUGUCCUCAUUGCAUCACUGCCUUAUGUAGAUAAAACAAAUGUCAUGUUGAGAUUUAAAAGCAAAGUAAAGAUGAACAUUUUUUUUUUUUUGUUUUUUUUUUACAAUGUUCCUUCACAGGAUGACUCCGGGUAGGUGUGGAACAUUUGGACUGGCUGUAGAAAAAUGAUUGUAGAUAAAACAGUGAAUGAAAAGUGUGAACUCUUAUCAGACUGUGAAUAACGCUGCAGACCUUUUGAUGGAAGAAUGUUUGAAGUGAGUGAAUGAGAAUUUAAAGCACAACAAUUUCCUCUCCGCCUGUACGGUGGGUUGUUAUCAUCCAGAUACGUGACUGCAAGAUUUCAGACACAAACUAACGAUAGACUAUUGACUGGCUGGUAAAUUUAAUCACUUUAAUCACAAAGUUAUUUUCAUAACCUGGCGUACUUUAAUCCCGUCUGUUUAUUAUUUCUUACAUCAUUGUUGAAAAUGUCCUCAAAAGUGUGUGUGCGAUUCAGAGAUUGUGCAUGUUGGUAAUUUUAGUGACUCUAAAGACUUGCCUGCUUUUUGUAUCGUGUCUUUUACAAAAUAAUGAAGGAACUUUAGCCUUCAAGAUGUGAGAAACUCAUGCCACUAUCUGGAAAAUGUACAGUUUUUUUUCCAUCAGUGAUUGUUAUUUAAUAAAAGAAAGUUAUGUUCAGAAAAGAUGGAUCUAAA